AUGUUAGUGUUCUCGCUGAAUAGCUCGCAUGUUGGAUCACUCCCUACUCCAAGCCAGCAGCAAGCAUGGCCUCGGUUGCCAAGCGAUCAGCGAUCGAAAACAUCCAAAAAUUCGAACAAUUCAACGGGCACCGUGCAACAUAAUCCAGACAGGAAAGUCUCUGCAAACUCAAUUGGAUCACAUAGCUCGAGGAGCACUACUGCUUUCAGGGUGGUGAAUGAGAAUGUUGCGCCGAGCCGAAAAACCUCACAUACAAGCAUCGCGCAAGGGCAAAAUGGCGAGAAGACAGCUCGGCCAAAGCUGCGCCUGGCAGUACCUCAACACAAUUCGAUUCUUGGAUACAAGAGUGCUACCCCUGAGACAGGGUUUGACGCUAGCUUAAUCGUCAAUGAUGGAACUCUUGAGGAAAUUGAUCUUAACAGUUCAAAUGAAGCUUUGAGUUUGAAGAGUUUCCUUCUCGAAGACGGAGAGUCUAGAGACAAUGAAAUAUCCGCAGUGCGCCAGAACGAAGAGCGCAGGAAGUCCACCUGGAUUGACAGGCCACUUGCUCCUCGAUCACAGACAACGUCACCGUCUGAUCUUCCGACGAGUGGCACUGAGACCGAGAUGGGUUACUUCAAGAAAUUGGUGGAUGGUCUACGCUGGCAGAAAGCUAAGCCCAGAGGACAGCUAAGCGAACGAAAGGAACGCUGGUCACUUGAUGACUAUGGUAGCGGGAGUCCAGCUCGAGAUAGGACUGUCAUUGGUGAUCGUCCGGUGUGGCACCGGAAAGCAUCUUCUUGGACAUCGGGAGGCAUCAUUACCCUUGCAAAACCAGAGACUGUGACAUUGGACCAGGCAGGUGCUGUACAGAAACCUGACAGGGCAAGCAAAUUCUGGUUAUUUGGGCGAAGCAACAGAAGCAGCAGAACUUCCGACGCAGGAAACCGAACCUCCAUUGACAGCACAAACGAUAUAGCACGAGUUGCCGAUGAAGCAGCACUAAACAGAGCCGUCCAGCGCCGCCGAAUACUUGAAGAAAUGCUUGCUUCAGAGGAAGGGUACAUCAACGACCUGAAAGUUUUAGCACAUGUCUACCUUACAAUUCUAGGAUCCUUGCCUCAGUUUCCACGCUUUGUGCAGGCCGAAGUUGAGCGAAAUUUGAGUGAGAUUCUUGUUCUUCACGAGGAGCUACUCAUACAUAUGAAAUUAUUCUUGUCAGAGCCCUGUUCAAAAGCGGCGCAAUCGCCAUCGAAACAUCGUCGGUCCAACAGUAGCGAGAAUGAUUCAAAGAGCGGCAAGAAUGGAAAAAGAGAUUCUCACAAGUCUCUCCGGUCGAAGGAAUCAUUAUGGUUUCGCCAAAACAAGGCUCAAGCACUAGCUUCAGAGCCGAAGGAGGCGGCUGAUAUAGCUAGAGUCUUUGGUAACAUGAUGCCACGUUUCUUCAUAUACGAAGAGUACGGAGCAAGGUAUGAGACCAUGCUUCAACUUGUCGCCUCAACCUCCAAGACCAUUCCAAAUUGGUGGGCCUUCGAACGGGGGAUCGAAGCAUUGAUGAAUUCGUUACUGCCGAAGCAGCAUAUAGAAGAACGUCAGAAGAAAGGGUUGACUUUGGAAGAUCUUCUCAUCAAGGUGCGUAAUACGUCUAUGUGUCUGCGGGAUACUCAUACGAAAUACAGCCUGUUCAACGAGUUCAACCAGCAUCUGUACGAAUUCAUCAUAUGCGCUUGCUCUGCCCGGGAGGAACAGCAGUGGAAGGCAGAACUCUUGCAACCUUCAAGAACGGGGACCGCUGUCCAGGCAGCGUCUGAUCCGACGUUCCUAGGUCUCCGCAUGAGAGACAUAACCUUCGUUGUCGGAAGACCAGGAAGUCUAUCCUGGAGUAUGUCCAUGCAAAGGGCGACCACGGUCAACAGGCGCAGCAGUGCAAGUCAGGUAAUCAUCCACAACACGCAUUCAGUUCGUGAAGGACAAGAGUCACCUAAAACGUCCCCCGUGACAUUCCGUCGUUCAAAUUCUCUACAGUCAGCGUGCCGCAUUCCAAUCCUAGCACCUGAGAGAUCAGAGCGAGCUCGACUAGAGCACGUGCUCGAGACGGUCUGGACAAAGGACCAACUCCCGUUUCCUGGCAUGGCAACCAACAGAGGAGGCAACUUCAUACGAGCUUCAAAGCAUACUGUGAUCAGGAAGCUCAGCAGGGCAAGCAGCACAACACAAUCCUCCUCAAAGCGGAGCGUUAGCAGUAGGAGCCUUGAUGACCCUUUCAUCGAACCGGAGUCAGAAAAAGUCAAGAAGAAUACAAGCACCUCAGGCUCUGCCGCAUCACAGUAUGCAGUCCAUCCGCAUCUAGAGUGGGACUCCUUGCCCAAGGUCUUCGAGGAGGACGCAUCCCACGAAGAUUCAAUCAAGAAGGUAGUAUGCAGGGGUAGCAGGAGCCGUGGCACGUCUGACACUACUAUCGCCACCAAAGAUGAGGAUAUCAAGGACGGCGACGGGACCAAUAAGCUUCGCAAGCCCAAGACUUUGCUAAAAGUAUUUUCAACGGACGGGAUCAAGACUUGGUUUGCAUGA